UUUCUGUACUGAUUAGCUUUCUGCAAGCAUGAAAACUCACAUGAAAAUUUUACUUUUCACCUUAAGCAUUGGUUCGGCCAUUGGAAUCCGCUGCUACCAGUGUUCCUCGCAAACGGAUCCGAAAGGAAUCGACAACUGUGGUGCAUAUAAAGCGUUCAACAAGACGCAAAACAUCGCAAUCGAGUGCAACAGCGAUGAGUCGCACAUGCCCGGAUCUUUCUGCAUGAAGGUGGUACACCAGAGUCCGAGAGGUUUCAUCUGGGAUGGCCGAUGGCGACAGGUAAUCAGGCAGUGCGCGUCCGUAUCGGAGACAGGUGUUACCGGAGUGUGCAACUGGGGUGUGUACGAAAAUGGAGUCUACUGGGAAGAAUGCUACUGCGUCGAGGAUGAAUGCAACAGUGCACCGAAAACACGAGCAACAUCACUAGCCUUAAUGGGCCUUGCCGUAUUACUGUUUGUUGCGAAAAUGAUGUCGUGAGC